GACUCACUCACUCGCUGGCUCUAAUCCCUCUGGAGGAGAAGUCGGGACACAAACGGACUUGAGGAGCGAGUCCAGCCGGACGGGCCAGGGAGCGGCGUAGAGCCGGAGUGGCGAGCCCGAGCCCGAAGGGAGGGAGAUGAAGGAAUCGAGCCCUUUGCGGACGCUGUUCGGUGCCAUCCUCGCUGUCUCGGUGGUUUUCGCUGUGACGGGUGACGUCUGUGAUGUGAACCACUGUGAGAAUGGGGGUACCUGCCUGACUGGUAGCAAUGAGACUCCGUUCUUCUGUAUCUGCCCUGAAGGUUUCACUGGGAUUGACUGCAAUGACACAGAGAAAGGCCCCUGCCACCCUAAUCCCUGCCAUAACAAUGGCGAGUGCCAGCUAGUGCCCAACCGGGGCGAUGUCUUUUUGGAAUAUGUCUGCAAGUGCCCUGCGGGGUAUGCAGGCACCCACUGCCAAAAGAACGUGAAUGAGUGCUCCUCACAGCCAUGCAAAAAUGGAGGCACCUGCCUAGACCUGAAUGGUGACUAUGCCUGCAAAUGCCCCUCUCCAUUCUUGGGGAAGACCUGCCAUGUCCGCUGUGCUGUUUUGCUGGGCAUGGAGGGAAGGGCCAUUGCAGAUGCCCAACUCUCGGCUUCAUCUGUGUACUAUGGGUUCCUAGGCCUGCAGCGCUGGGGUCCUGAGCUGGCCCGACUCAACAACAAAGGAAUUGUCAAUGCCUGGACCUCCAGCAACUAUGACAAGAACCCCUGGAUUCAGGUAAACCUGCUGAGGAAGAUGCGGCUGAUAGGGAUCAUCACGCAGGGUGCCAGCCGUGCGGGCUGGGCCGAGUAUGUUCACACCUUCAAAGUAGCGCACAGCCUGGAUGGACGUGUGUUUGUGUUCUACAGGGACGAGAACCAGGAUCGAGACAAGGUUUUCCCAGGGAACAUGAAUAAUGACGGCAUGAAGUCCAACAUGUUCAAUCCUCCGAUCACAGCCCAGUACAUCCGCAUCUACCCUGUGAUGUGUCACAGGGCCUGCACGCUGCGCUUUGAGCUGGUUGGCUGCGAAUUGAAUGUGUAUUUCAACAUGGCAGGUUGUUCGGAGCCACUGGGCAUGAAAUCCCGCUUGAUCUCUGACCAGCAGAUCACAGCCUCCAGCGUUUACAAGACAUGGGGCAUCGAUGGCUUCACCUGGUACCCACAUUAUGCCCGCCUGGAUAAGACAGGCAAGACCAAUGCCUGGACUGCACUCAGCAACGACCAGUCUGAGUGGCUGCAGAUCGACUUGCUUACUCAGAAGAAGGUGACCGGCGUCGUCACCCAAGGGGCUCGGGAUUUUGGGCACAUUCAGUAUGUGGCGGCCUACAAAGUGGCUUACAGUGAUGAUGGGACGUCCUGGACCGUUUACAAGGACAACAGGACAAACAGCAGCAAGAUCUUCCAAGGAAACUAUGACAACACCUCUCACAAGAAGAACGUGUUCGACGUGCCCUUCUACGCCCGCUUUGUGCGCAUCCUGCCUGUGGCGUGGCACAACCGCAUCACGCUACGCAUGGAGCUGCUGGGCUGUGAUGAGUAGUCUGCUGGGGACGGCGGCGUGGAAGGCAAGGACUGGGCUGCCGCCCCCUCCCCCCCAGCCUCCCACUCCUGGCCUUUCCCCUGCACGCCUGCUGCUGUAACAUCCCCCUCUCUGUGUCUGACCCACGCUGUCCCAUUACGAUGUCUGUGUCUGGUUCCUGGUCUGGCAGUGGGGAGGGUUGGAGAGGGGCAGUGUGUGCAUGACUGUAGCUGAAGCUGAUAGAAAUCUCAUGGGAGGGCUCUGGGUCCCCCUCGCCUUUGCUUUAGAAGAGCAUGUGAUGGCCCCACAUUGGUGGGGCUACCAUACUUGCACUAACACACAGAGGCCCCUGGAGCUCUGUGGGCCCACAGCUCUGCACUUUAGGGGGCUGUCCCAGAUGAGGGGCUCUUCCCUCUGAGCCCCUCAUGUUGGUCCAGAUGUUUCCCAUCCAGGCCCUUACGGGGCUCCCUGCAAACAGAGGCCCUAGCAACCUCCAUCAGAUCCUGAAAACUACUCCCCCUUUUAGCUCCGCUUCCACUGAAGGGCCCUUAGCAAUCGAGAGCUCUUCUGUCUCCAUCACUUUCAGCGUUCAGGGGAGCCUUUGAGUGAGAUGCCCUGGAGACGGGGCAGGCCCCUCCACUCAUGGCCUCUGUCUCUCAAGCAUAGGCAGGUAGCUGGCUUCCCCAUGACGUGUGUGUCAAGGGGAGAGGGAGCUUCCAGUUCUUUGGCUCCUAAAGUAAUUCAGAGGGGCCCUCGGAAAGAAUCUGUUGCCCCUGAGUGCACCGAUCACCGCCUCCUUGCAGGCCGCUGCUCGCAGCAAUGUUGCUGUGGGUCCUGUCAGUUCAGCAUAGUGCCAAGGGAGUGAUGAGAAGAGGCGGGGGCAAAGAUCAAGUCAGAAGUCACAGGGCUCCAGGCGGGGAGAAGCUGGCAGCUGGGAAUCUGUACCCACAGGGCCUCUGGCUUUGCACUGCAGAAACUGCCCUUCUCCUGCAGGGCGCAUGGGCACAAAGGGGGGGAACGUGUGUAAUUUCUGUUGUAAAAUCUUGGUGGGGCUGGGAAUGUGGCCAACAGUGACUGACCCAAUGUCCAGCACCUGCCAAUAAUGCUCCAGGGCGGACACCGGUACACAUGCCGCUCACAAACACUGCGGGCACGAGGACAGGGCAAGUGCUAUCUGCCUUCCCACUUACUUGUGGUCCCAUGAGCAUCACUUCUGAUCACCCAACUGGCCAGGAAUUCAUACGGGAGAGCCCAGCCAACCUGCCAGUCACCACGAGGUUCUCAUCCCCCACUGCCACCCAGAAGUGAAGCCUCGUGCCCCUGCCCAGGCAGCCAUUGUUCCUGGGCUCCAGCCAUUGUAGUGCAUUAUGGUGAAGUCCACAGCCCAAACCCUCCUGUAGGCCAAAAGGCCAGCCCCAGCAAACACAGUUUGUCCAUGGUGUUUCGCAGUACUGAGUCCCAUCAUGGUGCCCAGCUAAAGGAGAACCUAGAGAUUCUCCUGCCAUGUUUUCUGAUGUUUCCUCAAUUCCAUCAUCUAAGGACAGGGCAGAGCAGUGCAAGGCAGGAGUGGCACACAGCGCAAACUGGGCUUGUGGUAUGGAGCUCUGAAACCCUCCUCCAACCUUGCUCAGGUGCAGGGAACUCCCUAGCAGACAGCAAACCCCAUGGUACGAUCCUUGGCACAGAGGCAACUGGCAAGUUGCAUGACACAUGAAAGAGCCUGGGAUGGGGAUUCAGGGUGUUCUGUGCUGGUUCUGAACCAAACUUCUGCCGGAGCGCUCCAGGGUCCUUAGAGCAUCUGGUCUGUCCAGAGUGUGUGUCUGGGAGGACACUUAGUUUACUCUACGCUGCUGAUCUGCCAAGGCCCCUGGCCACCUCCCACUGAGGCUGCUCAGCUUGCAUAGUAACUCCCCUUGCUUUCCCAUGGGACAGUCCCAGGAUGUUAAUUCUGGGAAAGAGGGGCCCAAGCUCAGCGGGGUCUUUAUAACUCUUCCCCCAUCAUUGGGCAGAGGUUGCCUUCAACGGGGUUAGUGCCCAUCGCAGCCUGUCAACACGCAGUCCUGGGUGCCUGCCCCUGACCUUCUGGUUCAGUUACCAGUUCUCCUGAUUUUAUUGUGAGUCUCAUGCUAUUUGGUAUUUUCUCAAAGCCCCAGCUCCUGGGGUCAGGUGAUUUACAGGAGAAUCUCAGCUCUCAUUUAAAGAAAAACAAAAAGUAGAUUCUGGUCCUAUUGGCUGCAGAGAAAAGCUUGAAAACAUGACCAUUAAAUGCUCCAAACCCAGAAGAACCCAACAUUGAUUCUUUUUUAAAUCUCAAAAAUUUUAAGCCAAAUUUUGAGUCUUUUUUAAAUCUCAGGAUUUUUAAGCUAAUCUUGUAUUUUAGGGGGCCUGUCUCAUGAUACUUGAGUGCUUCGGGAUGGCAACGUGGGUCCAUCCAUGCACGCUACCCACAAGAGAGAGUGGGGACAGAUGGGCACAGCAACUUCCCCAGAGGGCGGGCCCCUCACUGACCUCACAGCAUGGCAACGGCUUGGCACCUGGCUGAGCAGAGGCUCUAGAUUUGGGAUAAGUCCCCGUUGGCAGGGACUUGAAGCGCAAUACAGAGCUGGACCGUCUUCACGUGUGUUUGGGAGGGAGAUGGGUCCUUUGGUGUAAGUGAGUCUUGGAUGGGAAGGCAGCGCACCCUGUAGGAGUGUCUGACAGUAUUAAAACCAGCUGAAACUCA